CGACCGCUUUCGCUACUCAGAGCAGAUUAGUUUCACGAAAAUCAAACAUCCUUAUCCAUAACUGUUACUCUCCAACGCUUCCAGCAUGGCUCAAAUCCCGCAGAUGCAAUGGGCGCAGGUCAUCCAGAAGACCGGUGGACCAGUUGAAUACAAGCAGAUUCCAGUGCAGCAGCCAGGUCCAGACGAGGUUCUCGUCAACAUCAAGUUUUCUGGCGUGUGUCACACGGACCUUCACGCUGUGAACGGAGACUGGCCACUUCCAACAAAGCUCCCGCUAGUCGGUGGCCACGAAGGUGCUGGUGUUGUCGUUGCUAAGGGUGACUUGGUCCAGGACAUCGAGAUUGGUGACCAUGCAGGUGUUAAGUGGAUCAACGGAUCUUGCUUGGCUUGCGAUUUCUGCCAGCAGUCUGACGAGCCACUUUGCUCCAAGGCCCUUCUUUCUGGCUACACUGUCGAUGGCUCCUUCCAGCAAUACUGCAUUGCCAAAGCAGCCCACGUGGCUCGCAUCCCCAAGGAAUGCCCACUUGAUGCCAUUUCACCAGUGCUGUGCGCAGGUAUCACCGUCUACAAAGGUUUGAAGGAGUCUGGCGUCAGGCCAGGACAGACUGUCGCCAUUGUCGGUGCAGGUGGUGGACUCGGAUCUCUCGCGCAACAGUACGCAAAGGCUAUGGGUCUCCAUGUCAUCGCCAUCGAUAGUGGCGAGGAGAAGAGGAAGAUGUCGCUCGAGCAAUUGGGAGCGUCUGCUUUCGUCGACUUCGCCACCAGCCAGAAUCUCGUCAAGGAUGUGCAAGCGGCGACUGAGGACGGGCUUGGCCCACACGCCGUCAUCCUCGUGGCUGUGAACGAGAAGCCAUUCCAGCAGGCAGCAGAGUACGUACGCCCACGUGGUACCGUCAUCUGCAUUGGGCUGCCCGCCGGCGCCUACCUCCGCGCUCCAGUGUUCGAGUCUGUCAUCAAGAUGGUGACGAUCCGCGGCUCAUACGUCGGCAACCGCAAGGACUCAUCUGAGGCCAUCGACUUCUUCCGUCGCGGUCUCAUCAAGGCUCCAUUCAAGGUGGUCGGCCUUUCGGAGCUUCAGAAGGUGUAUGAUCUGAUGCACAAGGGCCAAAUCGCGGGACGAUAUGUCCUGGACACUUCCAGGUAAACAAUAGCGGGUCCAGCGUAAUAGUAAUUCUUGUACAUAGUCGUGAUGAAUGAAAGUUUUGUUUGGUGUGCAAG